AUGUCUCUGUCUGUGUCAACGGCUGACAUUCUGGUAUCUGACCUUCCAACCAAAUCGGUCACUCUGACUCCGCUCAGAGCGACGGUGGUUCGCGAAAUCCAGACUACUAUCCAACCCGGUCAGAAUGAAAUUACCAUCAUUGGACUCGAUCCUCGGGUUGACCCCGAUUCCAUCCGUGUCGACGGCUCCGGUUCAGCAACCAUCACCGACAUCCAGACCGACAAAGUUCCUCGACGGGAGAAAUUCGAGGACGUCUACCCCGAAGAGUCGGACAGUGAGCUGAGCGACGCGCUAGAAACCGACUCGGAUGAAGAUUUCGGCAUCGAUGAUUCGGAACUACAGACGGUACGGAAAGAAAUCGCAGAGGUGGAGGCCGCUCUCGCCAAAGCGCGCGGCAAUCAAGCCAUGUCGCUCGCCGUUUCGAACUUCAUGGAUGGCUACGGGAAGAAAUUGAGCAUGGAGAAUGCGGACGCGGCGAAGUUGAAUGAUUUUCUCCAGCUUUACGUCCAGCAGCACUCGGUCGAAUGCGACCGUCACCACCAGUCUAUAGUGGAAAUAAAAGAGGCGGAGAAAAGCCUAGAGCGACUCAAUCGAAAGCGAGCACGACUGGAAACCGCGUACAACAAAGCCAAGGAGGCCGCUCUGAAGGAUGUUCGUAAAGAACGCAAAAAGCGCCUGCGGGAGCGCGAAGAGAAAAAGAAGAAACAACAGCAGUUGCGAUCCGAGCGAAAGCUGUUCUGGACCCAUACCGUCAGCCAGGUCGUGGUCCAUCUCGACAGUCACUCGAUCAUGACUCCGGGAUCGAGCCGACGCAGCUCGAUCGUCGGAAAGGCUGGAAGCGACGCCGAUGCUGUCGACGUGACACUGCGUCUGACAUAUGUGAUUCCCGGGCCUCGCUGGGUGUCUCGCUACGAUCUCAGGAUCAGCACUCCUUCUUCGUCGGCUCGUCUGACCUACCGCGCCGAGUUCCACAACUCCUGCUCGGAGACAUGGCGGGACACCCAGGUGACUUUGUCCACCUCCCAGGCUUCCUUUUCGGGGCUCGAGGAGCGCAUUCCGCAACUGCAAGGCUGGCAUAUCAAGUUGGAUCCCAACAACGCAGACCAGCCUUCGUGGAACAACAUCUUGCGCAGCCUCGACGAACCGGGUCAACCUCUUCAGGCUCACGCAAAGUUCCUCAGACAACAGUAUGCAGAAAUGCAAAAGGCAAAUCAACAGCGGCUUAACAAUAUACCGCGAGUACAGAUGCAGGCACAACAGGCUGCACCCGUCUCACUGUUCGGAGCUGCACCCGCAAAACCAACGUUUGGACACGCUUCAGCGUUCGGAGCUCCGCCGCACGCGGCCGCUCAAUCCGGCUUGUUCGGCUCAAACGCACAGCAACAGCAAGCACAAAGCCAGCAACAGCAAGCACAAAGUCAGCAACAGGCUCAGAUCAUGCCGGUGAUCGAGCGGGGAGAGAGGUUGGAUAGCCUACCUGCGUCUGGGUUCGGGAUGGCCAUGCAGGCACAAGGCCCGGCAGCCCCAUCUGGGAGCUCCAACUUGAACCCCGACAACGAAGACGAUGAAGAGGACGAAGACGAGGACGAGGAUACCCAAACCAUCGCGGCAGCGAGUCUGGAACACCAAGACUCCGUCAAACAAGACUACGGCUUGACUACAACGUAUGACCUCCCAGGGCGCCGGACGCUCGUGCCGUCGAGCGUGCAUCGACGACACGUCCUAGCCGAGCUAGACCUAAAGUCCAUGACUCUUACCCACAUCAUCGUGCCCAAGAUCCGCGCGGCGGCGUUUCUGCGCGCCCGCAUCCAGAAUACAUCGUCUGUAACCAUCCUCCGCGGCCGGGCCGGUAUGACAGUCGACGGCACCUUCCUGGGAACGACCGCCUUGCCAAACUGCGCGCCGAACGACGCCUUCAAUAUCUCCUUGGGCGUUGAUCCGUCUAUCCUAGUAACGUACGCGAAGCCGUCCGUCCGCCGCGUCGGAGGCGGGUUCUUCAGCAAGGAGCAUACGGCCGUCUUUCGACGGACGUGCUGGGUGAAGAAUACCAAGAGCAUUGCCGUUGAUCUCAUCGUGUCCGAGCAGGUCCCGCUAAGCGAGGACGAUAAGCUGCGUGUGCAGAUCCUGGAGCCAAAGGGACUGGAAAAGGAAGGCGAUCAGGCGAAGAUGGCGAUGGAGGGUAAGGGCAGCGGGAGCGUAUCACUAGCCAAGAACGGCGAGGUCAAGUGGAUUUUGAAGUUGCAGCCGGGCAAGGAUAUCCGAUUGACACUGGAAUAUGAAGCCAGGGUUCCUCAGGGCAGUCAGGUAGAGGUUGUCAAAUAG